GGGGAGCCUCUCCCGAUGCAGAUCCCGCUCAUUCCCUUCAUCAGCGUCAUCUUUGCGGCAGCCCUGCACCUCUCAGGUGCAUUCCUUCAACCGUCAACUCAUGCAUCUCUCUUCCAGCGCCGUCAGCAGCUCACAUCCAGGACGAGUAGAUGGUCCACAGCAACCGAAACAGCAGACACGGCUGAAACAGCAGCCGCAGAGGCACCAUGGCGCAGCGCAGCAUCGGUGAGUGAGCUGACCAGCGACGUACCCGUGGUGAUGGACAUCGAGGCCAUCCGUAAGGUGCUCCCGCACCGCUACCCCUUCCUGCUUGUGGACAAAGUCAUCGAGUUCGAGCCCGGCAAGCGCGCCGUGGGCGUCAAGACCAUCUCGGCCAACGAGCCGCAGUUCACCGGCCACUUCCCGGAGCGAGCCAUCAUGCCCGGCGUGCUGCAGAUCGAGGCCAUGGCGCAGCUGGGCGGGCUGGUGUGCCUGCAGGAGCCGCUGAGCGACGGCAAGGGGGACUUUUUCUUUGCUGGUGUGGAUGGGGUGCGGUGGAAGCGGCCGGUGGUGCCUGGCGAUGUGCUUGUGAUGGAGAUGGAGCUGCUGUCGUGGCGGGCCAAGUUCGGGAUAGCUAAGAUGACGGGUGCGGGAUAUGUGGACGGGCAGAAGGCCGUGGAGGUCAAGGAGUUCACCUUUGCACUUGCCAAGUGAAGAUUCUUGUGCUGGCCUGGCAAGAGCAUCGAGGUCUUUUGUGUUGGUCUUUUUGCAAGCGCGAGAGAGAUGAGACGCCUACAUGGAUUGCGUGUAGAGCAGGAAGGAGACUAGGUGGAGACUAGAUAAUGAGCUGGGAGUGUGGCUGGCCAAAUGUUACUUGCAAAUUGACUAAGGGAUGCAACAGGU